AACUAGAAUGUCCUCUUACACAUCAGAUAAAAACCAGCUGUCUGUGGCUUCCAACGUUCCCAAAUCCCAUUUCAGGUUGGUGGUCAUGGGAGCUGCUGGAGUUGGCAAGACGGCAAUCAUCUCACAGUUUCUCUACGAUCAGUUUGUCAGUGAAUACAAAGAAACGAUCGAAGAACUGCACAGAGGCGAGUACGAUACCAACGGAGUUCGGCUGACCCUAGACAUUUUGGAUACUUCUGGAUGCCACUCGUUCCCAGCGAUGAGGAAAUUAGCCAUUGACACUAGUGAUGCCUUUGUACUUGUCUACUCCGUUGAUGAUGAAUCAUCAUUUCAGGCGGUCACUAGUCUCAGACAACAGAUCUUGGAGGAGAAGCAGGACCGAGACGUGCCCAUUGUCAUUGUUGCCAACAAGACGGAUAUAGGCUCGGCCAAGCGCGUCAUUUCCUCUGAAACAGCUGAAAGCCUUGUCUGUAUGGACUGGGGUAAUGGCUAUAUAGAAGCUUCAGCCAAAGAUAAUGUCAACAUUGUAGGAAUUUUUAAAGAGAUCCUCAGACAGUCUAAAGUCAGAUACGAGCUGAGUCCGGCUGUUAGAAGAAGGCGAGAGUCCAUGCCAACAACAACAGAUAAAAAGAAGAAUAAAUUAGCCAAGAGAAGGACACAGAGUGUAAACACAUAA